AUGGCGUCUGAGGCUCUCCAAAUUGUGGGAUCGCGAAAUGUCGCCCUCGCAACUGCAGCGCUUAUUCAGAACGUAGUCCGGUCGGUCAAGUACACGACGAUUGACGAGCUGCUCGCCGUCAUCCGGAGUAUCGGCAAGCGGCUCAUCGACGCGAACCCGAAGGAGUUGGCCAGCGGGAACAUUGUGCGCCGCAUCAUCCGUCUGAUCAGGGAGGAGUACCGUGCCGCCGCCGCCGCGCACCGUUCGCAGCCUCCCUCGAUCCCCGGCACUCCGGGAGCUGGCGCUUACUCUCCAGCCAUGUUCAACGGCCCCGCGCACUACUUCGGUGCCCAGAGCCCCGGCUCCGCCCCCGGUUCUGGCGGCAUCACGCGGCAGGCGUCUCUGUCCAACUUCGUCGCAAUGCGGCACAACAAGGUGCAGUUUGAGCGCUCGGCGACUGGAGCCGGCAGCGUGCUGGACCUGAGCCAGAGCACGUCGGCUCUGUUCGCGACGCCGCCGCGUGUCGUGCAGAACAUGCAGCGCGAGCGCCAGGCUAGCUCCGGUGGAAUGGACUGGGACGAGGCGCAGGCGCGCGAGCGCGACGAGUUUGCGCGCCAGGCGUCCAAGCUCAAGCCGGUCCUGAUCCAGGCCAUUGACGAGGUUAUCAACGAGCUCGAGACGACGCACGAGGACGUCGCCCGCGGAGCCCGCGAGCACAUCCACUCGUCCGAGGUCAUCCUCACGCUCGGCCACAGCGGCACCGUCAUCAGCUUCCUCAAGAGCGCGUUCCGCGAUCGCAAGUUUACUGUCAUUGUGCUUGAGUCCGCGCCCGGAUUCUCUGGCCAGCUCACCGCCAAGGAGCUCUCCGAGGCCGGCAUCCCCACCUUCCUCGUCCCUGACAGCUCGGUCCACGCCGUCAUGCCGAGAGUCACGAAGGUCAUCCUCGGCGCGCACUCUGUGAGCGCGAACGGUGGUUUGUUUGCCCUCGGUGGAUCUCUGGCGGCCACGCUCGCCGCGCGCACUCACGCCAAACCCGUCGUCGUCACCACCGGCCAGUUCAAGUUCGCCCCCGCUUGGAACCUGUACCACGAGUACGACGCUAUCGACUUCCAGGGUCCCGGUCCUGUCAUCGGCUACGACCACACGGGUGGAGGCGGCGGCUACGAGAAUGUCGAGGUCACUGACCCUCACUACGACUAUAUCCGCCCCGAGCUCAUCAACCUCGGCGACCACCCGCCGUCCUACAUCUACCGCCUCAUCAAGGAGGCGUACGACGACGAGGACAUCGAGCUCUGA